GCUACCAAGGAAGACUGCUUCCUCAUAAGUACAGGUGUUUGUUCAGACCUGUGGACACUAGCAAACAACUCUGGGAAUGGCUCACUCCUACCUGAUUGUUCUACACUACCAAAUGCUGCCAAUGAUUCUUCUAACCACACAAUUCCAUUUGAAGGCAUGAAUGAUACCAAUGGUACUGAUGGUAUAGUGUGCAGAGAAGAUUUUGUUAUAAUAGAUUUAAUGUGUGAGCCAAGAUGUGACAGUUUUGAACAAACUAGUUCUCAUUUCAACUCACAAAUACUGAUCUAUUCGGAAGUUGUUGCAACCAGUAUGGGCUUCAUUUUCUGCAUUGUUACAGUUGCUGUUGCUAUCAAGGAAUAUAAAAAAUCGCUGGCAUAUCCUUCUGUAUUGGUGUUCUUUCAAGUCAUAGACUUAAGUGUAUUUGUCAUAUUACUAAUUAUAACUGCUAUUGAUCGGGAUGGAUUAUACUGCAGUUCAGUUAGUCUAUUGGAGACACUUGAAAACCCAACUUCUUUUUGUAAAUUUUCAGGAGUUGUAUUUCAUUACACCAUUGUAAAUAUGGCACUGUGGUGGUUCUUUCAUGUUGCUAUAUUUUUUCACAAAGUAUUGUUUCCCUUUCAAGCAAAUAGAUUUGAAAAGCUGGGACGCAACAAGUAUAUAUUUGCAACUGUAUCUAUUUUGUCUGGGACGUAA